AUGUCAUUCAAAUCCAUCCCGGUGCUCGACCUGGCCCUGGCCGACGACCCAGCGACCAAGCCGGCCUUCCUGGAAGACCUUCGCUCGGCUCUCAUGGAAGUCGGAUUCCUCUACGUCAAGAACGUAGGCAUCUCAGACGAGCUGUUCCGAAAAGUCAUCUCACAGGGCAGGGCAUUCUUCGACAUCCCGCUCGAGGAAAAGCUCAAGAUUGAAAUGAAGAAUGCGCCCUCCUUCCUAGGAUACAGCCGCCUCGCGGCAGAGAUAACAGCAGGCCAGAUAGACCACCGGGAGCAGAUCGACCUGUCGACCGAGCACCCGGCGCCGGGCCCAGACGCCCCGCGGCACCACAACCUCCUCGCGCCCAACCAGUGGCCGUCGGAGAGCGUGCUCCCGGGCUUCCGCAGCACGUACGCCGAGUACAUGCGGCUGAUGAGCGGCGUGUCGGUCCGCUUCACGAGCCUGGUGGCCGAGGCGGUGGGGCUGCCGCCGCGCGCGUUCGACAAGUACGUCGGCAGCCCGGACCAGCAGCACAAGCUCAAGAUCGUGCGGUACCCGGACGCGGGGGAGCUGGGGCUCGACAACAGCGGCGGCGGCAGCGACGACGACGACAGCAGCAGCAGCAGGCAGGGCGUGGGCCCUCACAAGGACUCGAUGCUGACCAGCUACCUGCUGCAGGCGAGCGGGCACCGGGGGCUGCAGGCGCAGAACACGCGGGGCGAGUGGAUCGACUGCCCGCCGCGGGCCGGCACGCUGGUGGUGGCGAUCGGGCAGGGGAUGGAGGCGCUGACGCGCGGGGUGUGCACGUCGACGACGCACCGGGUGCUGAGCCCGCGGGCGGGGGAGGGGAGCCGGUUCUCGAUACCGUUCUUCCAGGGCGUGGAGCCCGACACGACCUUCGAGGACCUCGAGGGCGUCGGCGUCGGCGUCGUGCCCGGCGAGGUGCGCCGGCUGCGCGAGGAUGUGCUGCGGGCCAACGGGGGCCGGCGGCUCGAUGAUGUCGAGUUUACGUUCCGCGGCGGGGGCGUCGCGCGCACGCUGGGCGAGGCAACGCUCAGGAACCGCGUCAAGAGCCACCCUGAUGUUGGGGAGCGGUGGUACCCAGAUAUACUUGCGCAGAUCAGGGAGGAGCAGGCGCAGGCAAGAGUGUCGCCGCCGUCGCCGCCCGUGCCGGUGGGAGGUGAUGGGCAGGGUCCUCAGGCCACGGCUGUGAGGGCCCACUAG